AUGGGGAAAGAACUGGGGAAAGUUGAAAUUCCACCACCAGGCUCCUAUGAGGUUCAAAAAUCAUUUGAGAAAUCACAUAGUAAAAGCCACUAUAUGCCUCCCAGAAGCACACUGGCUAAAAGAAAGCAGACCUCUUUUCUCAGUGCAACACCUAGAAAAAAUAUACACAAUACUGACAAAGAUGUACCAGGACCUGGGACGUACAAUCCUGUAGUGAAGUCAGCUUCCAGUAUUUCCCUAUUUGUUUCCAGAGUGGAGCGUUUUAAGGACGUGAAAGAGAUUACUCCCGGUCCAGGAGCUUAUGAGGGUUGCCUGUGCCAACGAAUGGUGAAGAUGCAGGAGCUUACCUGGAGACAUGCACUUGGAACUGACCUCUCUGCAGCUCUCCUCCAGAUUUACAAUGUCUAUAGAUGACGGUGUCAACUGCACAGACACAAAACUGAG